AUGGAUACCUGUAGCCGGUCAUGGCUCGACUGUCGGCCGGUAUCAUUGUCUGAGGUCGGCUGCUGUGUCAACGUCGCCGUUUCGAGGUUGAAGUCUUGCGUUGUGACUUGCUUGGAGCUACAGCAGGCUGCUGGCGGGUACUUCGCCAUUUCCAAAUCUGCCAAGACGAGAGAGCGAUUGCCGGAAGGCCCAAGAGCACACCGGCAAGAGCAAUGA